GCUGGGCUGGGCGCCGGAGGGCCGGCGAGGAGCCGUAAAAGGCCGGGGCGGCCAGGGUAGGUGUGGCCCUGCCUUCGAGACCUGCGCCCGGGGCCGGCCGCCGCCCGUCGUCUCCCGCAGCCAUGGGCGCUGUCUGGUCCGCCCUGCUGGUCGGAGGAGGUCUGGCCGGGGCGCUUUUCGUGUGGCUGCUGCGGGGCGGCCCCGAGGACGCGGAGCAGAAAGACGCCCCUGCCGGGGAGGCUGCGACUCGCGCAGAAGGGCAGGGAGGCGGCGGCGGACGGAGCCCCUCCAAGCUGGGCACCAAACCAGAGCAUCCUCAAGAAAGCAAUGGACGCUUGAUUUCUGAGACCAAAGACCUUGGGAAGCUGCAGGAAGCAGCCCGGCCACUGCAGAACCCUAGCAGAGAUGCCAGAGAGCACAGCCCUUCUGGGCACGUGGCAGAUGCGGGAGCCCCGGCCAGUUCUGCAAGCGCUCACUCCAGAAGUUCCUCUGAAGCGUCCAGAAGUGAAAGUCUGGAGUCUCCCAGAGGAGAAUGGGGACUCCAAAAAGGACGAGAGGCACUGGCUAGGGCCGGAGAGGAACUGCCUUCUAGCAGGCCGCGGGUGGACAGGGCCCAAGAAGUGGGCCUCGCACAACCGGACAGCCAGGGGGUGUCUAGGCACUCCUCCUGGGGGGAUGCUGGCUUGGGUGGUAGCCUAAAACAGGGAAUGGACGGUGCCAGAAACUUUCUUGUGGAAGCAAGGGGUCGAGAAGUGGAUGGGAAACCAGGAUGGGCAGCGGCCAAGUCUGCAGAGUCCCGGCAAGUUAGCGUCAGGUUCCAGGUCCAUUAUGUGACGGGCACCGACGUGGCGUUCAUUGCAGUAACCGGAGACCACGAGCGUCUUGGGAGCUGGAACACGUACAUCCCACUCCACCGUAACAAGGACGGCUUCUGGUCUCAUUCUGUUUGCCUGCCGGCAGAUACGGUGGUGCAGUGGAAGUUUGUGCUGGUGGAGAACGGGGGAGUUACUCGCUGGGAAGAAUGCAGUAAUAGAGUCCUGGAGACCGGCCGUGAGGAUCAAGUGGUUCAUGGGUGGUGGGGAGUUCACUGAGUGAGUUUGCAGAGUAUGAGAUGCAGUGGCACAAGGUGGCGAAGGCUGAGACUGUGGGGCACACUGAAUAAUUUAAGAUAAUAAAAGCUGCAUGACUCCAGACUUAGCCAUUGGAGUUGUUUCAGACUUGCUAGUGUAGAAAUUGUAUGUAUAUGCAGAUGAUGCUUCCAGGCAAGAUGGACUCCCCCCUGUCCCCACAGGACUGAUGGAUUUGUGCUGAUCUGUCAUUUCUUUAGGCCUUGAUCCUCUCUGGGGUGGGGGGUGACCUGGCUAAGCUUCAAGUGUGGACUGUGGUCACGGAGCACAAAAUCUGACCAGUGGUCAAGAGUUCAGACUGCAGCCUUAAGUGAUUUCUCCGACCAAAGAAGUAAAAUCCAUUACAUUAAAAAAUAGCCGAUUUCCUCUCCAUACAACUGAAGAAAUGCUCUUCACUACAGCACAUUUUAUGUAUAAAAUUAGUGAGCACCUGUGGAAGGAUGAUCAGAAACCAUCUGGUCAGGAGAUGUGGUUAGCGAGGAGGUGAGAUGAUGCUGUGAGAUUUCCGUGGGGUUCUGCCAGGUGCGGUUCUAAAGGCAGCGAGUGUCUCUGUCUUGGUGGUCUACGGCUGCUGUGCAAACAAGGGGCCUCAGCAGGUCAUCCUGGCUGUCAGUCACGGGAGCAGCCCAUGGGGAAGGGAACAUGACUGGGUUAGGGUAUGGGCUGAAUGGGGAGGGGGCCUGAAUGACCCCCCUCAGCAGACUGGGGGGUAUGGGUACAGCUCACUGCAGGAGACCUUCCAGGACCACCUGUCUGCCAUGCCUCUGCUCUCCCACCAGGCCUCAGCAGGUGGCGGCCCUGCAGCAACUGUUUUGCCAGUCACCCCUUCCCUCUCCUUUCACACCAGUACCUAUCUUGGGUAAUGCAUUUAUACAGGACGGUGGUAAAGGACAACCCUGCCUUGAGAGGAAAUAAAUAUAUUUAACUGGUUGUAAGUGAAUAAAUAAGAAAACCUGAGCUUUAAUAUCUUUA